UAUUAUUUUUUCUCCUUUUCUUGCUGAAUAAUCUGUCUGCAGUUUGAACGGGUGCACACUCGCCCGUAAUGGAUAAAUAAUGCGUGUAAAAUGAAUGAUUUAUAUCCAAUAGACUCUGAAAGUCUCCAACUUUAUCAUCAAACGCAGACCAGACUCUUGCUGUGGCUCUCAGACACUACUUCCUCCUUCCAUUUUUGCGAAAGAAAAAAAAUGGAACGUUGUUUUCAAGGUUGGGUGGUUUUGUUAGCUAUGCUAGUACUGGCAAUAAGUAUGCCAUGUUCACAUGCUAUUCGGGUAACCAAAACUAAGACCAGGUCUGGCGUUUAUGUUUCUCCUAAGUUUGUGUUGGCGCCAGGAUCAGUUGCAGACAAAUAUUACUAUGAUAUCCCCUUUCCAAAAGGUCAUAUUGGCCUCAAGAGUUUCAAUGCUGAAGUAAUUGAUGAAGAGGGGAAUCCCAUCCCCCUUCAAGAAACUUAUCUCCAUCAUUGGGUUGUUGCUAGAUAUUAUGCCCGGACAGGUUUUGUUGAGCCAGAGGAGACUGGUUUUCAGGAGCUUAAAAAAUCAGAUUUUACUUUCGUGAGAAACACUGGAAUGUGCCAAAAUAAUGUUCUUGGACAGUAUUUUGGACUUGGGUCGGAAACACGAAACACAUCCACUCAUGUUCCAGAUCCCUAUGGAAUAGAAGUUGGGAAUCCUGCAGAGGUUCCUGCUGGGUAUGAGGAGAGAUGGAUGCUCAAUGUGCACGCCAUUGAUACACGGGGUGCGGAAAAUGGUUUGGGGUGCACUGAAUGCAGGUGUGAUCUGUAUAAUGUCUCGACGGAUUCACGUGGUCAGCCUUUGAGGCCAGGUUACAAAGGAGGUUUAUAUUGUUGUUAUGAUGGUGUACAGUGCAGAGUAAAACAGGGCUUUAAUGGUGCCAAGAGAAGCCUAUACUUGAGAUAUACUGUGAAGUGGGUUGAUUGGUCUGAUGCAGUUGUGCCUGUCAAGAUUUAUAUCUUUGAUGUCACUGACAGGAUGAAUCAUUCAGCAGGACCUUCUAUUGUACAUGAUUGCAGGGUUGAAUAUAAUGUCGAAGAGUCUUGCAGUGCCGCUAGUACAGCUAGUGACAGGUGCUUAGACAACCAAUGGGCAAUGGUUACCAUGCCAACUGGUGGUUAUGUCGUCUAUGGUGUAGCCCAUCAGCACACAGGGGGGCUUGGUUCAACUCUAUAUGGAGAGGAUGGAAGGAUUCUAUGUUCUUCAAUACCAAUUUAUGGAAAAGGAAAGGAAGCUGGAAAUGAGGCCGGUUAUAUUGUAGGAAUGUCCACUUGUUAUCCUCAACCAGGCUCUGUCAAAAUAAAUGAUGGGGAGACUCUGAGUGUGUUAUCUAACUAUAGCAGCACACAGACUCACACAGGAGUAAUGGGUCUCUUCUACAUUUUGGUUGCAGACACCCUGCCAAAGUCCUCCUUGCUUAGCUUGGACGCUCCACUCUGAGUAAUCUACAGUUAAAAGGAAGAUUUUGCAGUGUUAUUAGCUGAAGCUGCUGGUGUCCGCCAUCAAGAGCAAUGAGGAAGUAUUUGGCGAUGGCUAUAGGAGGUUGAUUUUGGUGUCAACUUUUAUGUACCAAAAAAUGUAUGCGUCUUGAAUCUACUUCUCACUCAGCACUGUGAUAUGUAGACAUACGUAACCUAUGUACCCUUUUGGUAUAGCAAUAAUUUUAGCUUCGUGUUCAUGUGUUUGGUCAAAUGUAAUGAAUUAAGGCUCAGAUUCAGUCUGU